UUUUCUUAUUCAAGGACCCAAAAAAAAAAAAAAAAAAAGAACUGUGUAAUUAACAUUUUGGUUCUGUCAGCCAUCAGGACGCAGCUAAAGGGAGGAGAAUUGGAGCUUUGCAUGAUGAUGCUGAUGAGGGGCUGGAGAAGCGCUUCUUCUUCUGCCUUUGAUCUUCUUCGACAUUUGGAGUUGGUUAACCCUAAAUCUUCCAUUUCUCUUCCGUUCUUUUUGUUCAAUUAUUUUUCUGCUUUAGAUAAUAAAAGGGCUCUCUUUUAUUCCCAAAUCUCUUUUUACUCUACUACCCAUUGCAAGAAGAAACCCAAUUAUGUGUUUGAUCAAAUUGAUGAUGCCUUAAACAAGUUUGAUCAGAUGGUACAUAUGCAUCCACGCCCUUCUAUUAUGGAAUUUAAUAAUUUAUUAGGAGCCAUUGUUAGAAUGAAGCAUUAUGGAACUGCUGUUUCUCUCUUGAGACAAAUGGAAUUACUAGGAAUUCAUCCUGAUGUUUGUACUCUCAGCAUUUUGAUAAAUUGUUUUUGCUGCUCGAAUCUUGUGGGUUUUGGGUUUUCGGUUUUGGGGAAGAUGUUGAAGUUGGGCAUUGUACCUAAUACUAUAAUAUUCUCCACUUUGAUCAAUGGACUUUGUAUUGGAGGUAAAGUAGCUCAAGCUGUGAGGUUGUUUGAUGACAUGGUUCAAGAAGGUUAUCAGCCUAAUUUAAUCACUUAUAGUACGAUAGUAAAUGGUCUUUGUAAAAUAGGUGAUACCAGUCGGGCUGUUAGAUUGCUAAGGACUAUGGGAGAAAUAGGUUAUGCACCUGACGUUGUAACAUACAGCACUAUCAUCGAUAGCCUUUGUAAGGACAAGAAUGUAACCGAGGCUUUGAAGCUUUUCUCAGAAAUGAGGGGUAAAGGCAUUCCACCCGAUGUUUUCAAUUAUAAUUCCUUUAUUCAUGCUAUGUGUAAUUCAUGUCAGUGGAAGGAGGUUACAAGAUUAUUGAAUGAAGUGAUGGUGAACAAUUGCAAACCUAAUGUCAUCACAUAUAAUAUUAUGGUUGAUGCCCUUUGUAAAGAGGGUAGGACUUUAGAGGCUCAAGAUAUUCUAGGAAGAAUGAUUCAACAAGGUGUUGAGCCUGAUAUAGUUACCUAUUGUUCGUUGAUGGAUGGAUAUUGUUUGCAAGGUAAAAUGAGUGUGGCUAGAAAAUUAUUCAAUUCAAUAACUAACAAGGGUCAUGUACUUAAUGUAUUUAGUUACAACAUCAUUAUCAAUGGAUAUUGUAAAGCUAAAAGGAUAGAUGAGGCAAUGGAACUUUUUCAUGAAAUGACUCGAAAUGGGUUAAUCCCUAAUGCUGUUACUUUCAGCACACUUAUAGGUGGCAUGUCACAUGUCGGGAGACUUGCAGUUGCACAAGAACUUUUCAAAGAAAUGAGUACUCGUGGCCUAGUUCCAAACAUGAUCACUUACUCUACUUUGUUGGAUGGCUUAUGCAAGCAUGGUCAUAUUCAUGAUGCUUUGAGACUUUUUCAUGUAAUGCAGAACAGUGGAUUAGAACCUAACAUUUUCCACUAUAAUAUCUUAGUUGAUGGCUUGUGUCAAGUCGGGCAACAUAAAGUUGCAAGGAAAUUAUUUCGUGGACUCACUGUCAAAGGGGUACAACCCGAUGUUUGCACAUAUAAUAUAAUGAUCAAAGGACUUUGUAAAGAAGGGCUGCAGAAUGAAGCAUAUGAACUGUUUAAGAAAAUGGAAGUGAAUGGUUGCAUGCCAGAUAGUUGCUCUUACAAUACAAUGAUUCAAGGAUUUCUUCGAAACAGUGACACAUCAAGGGGAGUACAAAUUCUUUGUGAAAUGGUUAACAAAGGUUUUGCUGCAAAUGCAUCCAUAGCAGCCAUGCCAGUGGAUAUCCUGUCUCGUGAUUCAAUGGGCGUGCACUAAUUCAGAAACUGUGAAGACUAUCAAAGUGAUUUCUUCUCAGUCGACAUUGGUGCAAUAAAUCCAAGGAAGUUUUAAAAUCUGUAAGGUAAAUGUUCAAAGCAGUAACUAAUUCCAUCCUAUUCAGUUGAGAUGAAAGCAGUAUAUUAUUCCUUGAUUAGGCAUCAUGCACCCUUCAGUUACCAUAUUAAAUUGAGGAAGAAGACUGAAUUGGCAUCUUGCAGCCUGCAGUUACUCUUGUUUCUUUCUUUCUUUCUUUCUUUCUAGGGCACCUAUAGGUGUAACCUGCGAUGAGCUCUGUUUAAUGGUUUACCAUUCAUUCUAGUUUUAAUAGCAAUGUAAAGGUAUAAUACUCUCCCUUACCGUUCAUCCAAAAUUUGCUGGUGGCAAUUUUUCCCUUGGUUCAUCAGUUGAAAUUAUGGAUAUUUAUUCUUUUGACUUUAUGAUAAUGGUUUGAAAAUUACAGGUCUUUUAAUCACUGUAAAACAUAUCACCUUUGUCAGCAAAUCACCUUUGUCAAUGUACGGCAGGCAUUCAACAAAUUUCUUUAAUGCACCUCUUCGUUUAUAGGCAAAUUCAUGCAAACUAGAAAUAUUUUAAGCACCUGUCAAGCCAUUAGUAACUUAAAAAUGGUACUUGCUUGAAACAAUGUUAAUGGAUGUACUUUAGACUAGAAAUUUUGCAAUAACAUGCUGUUUUCAUUUCCCUAUUAAAAUUUUCCCCUUAAAUUUGAGUUCUCAUAUAUUUUUUUAGGGAAAAUAUGCAUAUAAUAUAUGUAUGAUUUUUAGGUUCCAUUUACAUCUCUGCUCGUGGCAGUACCUUAUAUGUUAAUAUAGGAAAAGUACAGAGAGGCCAUUGCUUUGCUUCCUGAAAUGGAGAAAAGAGUAGUAAUGGCAGAAUGUUGGAGACUUGGAGGCUAAUUUUCAGACUGUUAUCUCAUUGUUGCACCAUCAAAUAACUUCAUUUUAUUGAAUCCUUAACUGACUGAAUAUUCUUUACAUAGCUUCCCUUUUAUCUUUUCUCAGAAGUUGUCAACUAUCCUUCUUUCAUAUGCUUUCACUUGUCAGUACAUGAGUAAUUCACGUUGCCAUUUUCCUAUGGGACUGCUAGGAUUUGAGCCACAAAUCUGUGACGAGUGUCUUAACUUU